AUGAUCUUCCGAAACAUAUACCUCUUUUUCUUCCUCGCCUUCAAUCUUUCUCUGGCGGAAUUUAUAAAGGUAUACCAGGACAAAACGUUACCUACCAACACGAAAACCGGCAAGCCAUCAAUUUACAUUUGGACUUCUAUCGCGAUAUUCGACACCUUCCUCUCUCCCGGAAAGGUGGUUUCAGUAGCCGAGGAUGGCUAUGAAUCUAUGCUUAAGGGUGCAUAUGAAAGCGAGGACGAAGAAAUCAUAGCUAGGGUGCCACUGGUUAUAACAGCAAUCGCAUACAGCAAUCCCGAAAAAACAAACACAAUUGUUUAUCUUGCAUCGUCGGCCAAGGGCACAGGUUCUUUAAUCUAUGAAGUCACAAAGAGAACUGAGAGCAAGAAAAACCCAUGUAAAGGAGUGUUGUGGGAUACCGUACCCGAUACUGUGAGCAAUGCACUCAAUGCUUGCAAAAAGGAAGUGAAAAGAAAAGGAGCACAACACCAAUUCGAUGCUAAAUGUGGCGAGAUUCAAUGCAAUGUUGGUGGCUAUUGCCAACCUCAACGAAGAUCUAACAUGGAAAGAUGGCUUUUGGAGAAUUGUGACGUGGCAGGGCAAACACAAUGA